AUGUCACCCACUAGGAAGGUACCUCAAGUGAAAGACCCUGAAGCUGGCUCCGUCAUCAUAGUAUCAUGGAGUCUUGCAGCUUCUAGACUUGGUAGUCACUUUGACGAGUUGUUGCGGAUCAGCGUUGAACUUGAGCUGCCUAUCUCAUGCCCCACAAAAUUUACGACUCUUAACCUCGACAUCAUCACUUCCUAUCUAAUACAACUAUCUUAG